CUUGACAGCUGUUUUCAGCUUCCCUGCGACAACUUUAGGCAUCGCCUUGGUUUUUUUGACAGAUGAGACCCUCUCCUCGGCGGCGGUCCGCUUGGCUUGAGUCGACGGUGCAGCGUCAUGAAUGCUCCAGCACCGACAGUGAGCCUCGGUGGCGGGAGUGGAGAUCGCUGCUGCUCAUGCCAGGAGACGGAAGCAUGGUAGAAGUUGAGGUUGAACUCGCCGGAUAUCCAUGGCGGCGGCAAUCUUCAGAAAAAAAACUGAGAGAAGCAGCAGCAGUUCAUGGUAACUCCAACAAGAGGUGGUGGAUGGGCUGUGCGCUGGAGACGCUGUGCGGGCAGGCGGUGGGCGGCGGGCGAUACGAGAUGCUGGGAAUCUAUAUGCAGAGAUCAUGCAUCAUAACUCUCGUCACCGCCUUGUUCCUCACGCCUCUCUACAUCUUCACGUCGCCGAUCUUGAAGCUCCUCCGCCAGAAACACGAAAUCGCCGACCUCGCCGGAAAAUACGCGCAGUGGGUCAUCCCUCAGUUCUUCGCCUACGCCGUCAAUUUUCCGGUGCAGAAGUUUCUGCAGGCGCAGAGCAAGAUAUGGGUCAUGACCGUAAUCUCCGUCGCCGUUUUGGGAUUCCACGUCGUUUUGAACUGGAUUCUGAUCACCAAGCUCGACAAGGGCCUCGCCGGCGCCGCCGUAGCCGAGAACGUGUCGUGGUGGCUCGUCGUUCUGGCGCAGGUUAUUUAUGUCGUCGCCGAUUUCUUCCCGGAAUCGUGGACCGGGUUUUCGAUGUCGGCGUUUAAAUCGCUUCUUGGUUUUGUGAAGCUGUCGCUUGCGUCGGCUGUCAUGCUGUGGUGA